AUGGCUGAUAAAUUUUUGUCUGUAGACAAUCAAGUACAUGAACUCAAAUUAGGAAAAAGUUUUGACCCUAAAUCUGGCGUGUAUUUCCAUUCUAUGAGAUAUGAUUUCAAACCAGCAUCAGUUGAUACCAGUCAGAGUUCUUCAGUAGAGAUAGGAGAAGGAAAUCAAGUCACUGUUACUGUACCACAUGUAGAGGGGUCUGGAACUUCACAUACUGUAUAUAAAGGAAAUAAAAAACCAUGUCCUAAAGAAUGUGUUCUUAUAAUAGAUCACAAAACAGGAACAUUUACCCUGGAAAAAUUGACUAACAAUAUACCUGUUAAAAAAACCAGGUAG